UACUGAAGGUUUACCAUAAAUUAUAAUCCCUCGAUACAGGAUAAGUCAAGAGCUAUGAGAGGUAGAGAGAGAGCGGGUGCGUUCAGCAACGGGGCAUGCGGACGACGGUCAGCACGGAGUUGGGAGCCUUUCGGAAACCAAAGAAGGAUCAGAGAUGGGCGGAUGGAUGGUUCACCGGUAAGAGGACUUAGGAAAAAGCAAGACAUUUGGGGAUGUGAUAGAAGGGUGUAUAAUCAAGCCUCAGUAUUUUUCUUCACAAAUUUCCCGGACGACUGGAGUCAUGAAAGUAUGUGGCUCACCUUCCGGAAAUUUGGAAGAGUCUUGGCUAUUUACUGUCCACCAAGGAAAUCGAAAUCAGGAAGAAGAUUUGGGUUUGUAAGAUUCUUAGAAGUUAAGAAUGAGGUGGAAUUGGAACGAAAGCUGGAUCAAAUCAGAGUAGGGACAUCCAAACUCUGGGUUAACAGACCGAGGUUCAGGAUGGAGGUUGGGAGAAACAGAGGAGAUACAAAACCAGCUGAGAGGAAUUUUGUUAAACCAGGGAGGUCAUUUGCAGAGGUUGUUAAAGGGACCCAAGGGUUGGAAGAUAAGGAAGGAAAUAAUCUUCAGCAAGCUCCAAGCACUAGAGAUAGCCAAAAAAUGCAGCAGAAGAGUAACUCGCUCAAACCACAAACGCAGGUAUGGAUCAAGAAAACUAAUGUGCGUGCAAGUGCUGGCCUGGAGUUUAAUGUGAAAAAUGAGGACCUCCUAUGGCUGGAAGGGUGUUAUGUUGGAACUGCACAUUCGGUUAACAUUAUUCCAACCCUGCAACAGAAGUUCUUCAUGGAAGGAUAUUUUUCGUGUAAAGUAAGACCUAUGGGGGGACGUUUGGUCUUAUUGGAAGGGGGUGAUAAAGACGAGAUUAAGGACUUAGUGGAAACAACCCCGGAAUGGUUGGGGCAGUGGUUUGAGGAGGUAAAACCCUGGUCACCUUCAUCGAUUGCUCAAGAAAGGUUUGUGUGGAUUCGAUGCCAGGGUGUUCCGAUUCAUGCCUGGGGGCCUGAGUUGUUCUCAUCAAUUGGGGCUGUCUGGGGAAAGGUUAUCUCCUUAGAUGAUAGCACCAGUAAGAAGAUCAGAUUUGACAUCGGGAGAUUUCUAAUAUCCACGCCCAUUAUGGAGUUCAUCUCUAAAUCCAUGUCCAUCUCAGUAAACGGUAUGCCAUAUACAGUCAAAGUAAUGGAGGAAGAGGCAACUAACGGCAUUUUCUCCAUGAAAUCCGAUCAUGUGUUCAGAGAAUUAAGUGCCUCAGAUGAUCACAGCUCAGAAUCAUGGUCCCUAAAUAGCGAUGGCGAGGAUGCCUUUGCUGAAUCUAUUCAUGGCGGAGGAUUCUCUAGGGAGUAUGGGAAAAGUGCAGCUGGUAGGGCUGAUGAUGAUGACAUGGCAAAGGUUGAUGACGUGAUAGAUGACCAUGGAAGAGGGCAAGCAGAGAGGUGGAUGGAGAGUCUCAACGUGGACAUAACGGCUAGAAGAAAGAAAUUUGAAUUUGAAGAUGAUAUUGACAGAAUGAUGAGUGAUGAUGGUUCCAAUAUACAGGCUGAGAAGUUUUUUGAGGCAAGUGUUGGGAAAUCUCAAAAGUCUCCUAUCAGCAAGCCGGAAGAGAUGACUGAGGAGGUAGGCUAUGUUCCAGAUAGCCUGAGCAUGCAUUUAAUGCAGAAUCAGGGACAGAAUUCAAAUUGUGAAAUUGGAAAUUCGAGUGGGCCAAAAUUUCCUAACCGGGCGAGUGAGGAGAAGUGGGGCAAGGGUUGCGGGCUGGAACCUCAAACGGGUUUGAGAGAUGAUGAGGAUUGGGCCUCCUAUUUGGGGCCCAAUAAGGGAAUCAAAUCUUAUGUAGCUGGAGAUGACUUGGAGAUAAGUGAAACGGAGAAGGAUAAGGUUGAGGAAGAUGAGGUCAAGCGGAGAAGCAGGGGUAGCGAGAAGGCCAAGGAGGAUGAGGUGAAUAGGAGAAGCAAGGGCAGCGGGAUACCUGAGGACGAUGAGGUGAAGCUGACAAGCAGGGGAAGCGUGGUGCAUGUGAAGGACGAGGCUAAUCGGCGAAAUUGGGAGAGCUUGAUUAAUGAGGAGGAUGAGGAGUCUCGGAGAAGCAGGGGGAGCCUGGGACCCGAGGAGGAAGAGGUGAAUCGGACAAGCAUGGGAAGCUUGAUGCAUGUGGAAGGGGAGGCGAAAUCGGAACUUGGGGGUAGUGUGAUGUUCGAAAAGGGUGAGGGGAUUCAGAGAAGCAGGGGCAUCUUGAUGUCCGAGGAAGAUGAGGUGGACAGUGUGAAUCAGAGAAGCAAGGGUAGCUUGAGCCGGUUAGAAGACCUUAGUGAAGAAAGUUCCUUUUUGCAGGGAUUCGAAAGUGAAUCGGGGCAAUUGAAAGCUUGGAUGGGUAGAAAGGAGAGGGAAAUCAAGAAGCCAAAGAAGAAGAAGUCGAGGCCAUGUUCUUCGGUGUAUAAAAACUCCAGAAUUGUGGUCCAACCAAGGACAGAGAAACUGCAGAAUAGACGGAAAAAAUACCGAGAUUUGGAGGAGAAGGCUCCGGAGUUCUGUCCAGGUUCACAAAACCAGGUAGCUGGUGAAUCAAUAGCAGACAGUGGUAUUGAAAAUAGGAAUAAAUGCUUGCGGGCGGAGGGUAAUAUCAGCAAGGAAAUGAAGAUAUGGGGGUUUGCCAGAGAAAUUGGGGUUGUGGAUCGUGGAAAUGAGGAAGAAAUUCUGCAUAGGCUCGAGACCAUGGAGGAACGUGACAGAGAAAAUUUUAGAAAAGCAAAGACCAGUGAGAGAGCAGGGGUUAGAGAAUUAGUGAUUCGGGAAAAAGUGGAGUUCUUAUCAAUUCAAGAAUCCAAAACAGAGGUAGUGGAUCAUCAGCUCUGUAGAGCCCUUUGGGGAUCGGAUGAAUUCGAGUGGGUUGCCCAACCUUCAAAAGCUAGAACUCCUGUUUAUAUCAUUAACGUUUACUCCCCAUGUGACCUUCCUAGUAAAAGAGCACUAUGGGCUUCUCUCAAAAACCUUAUUUCUGAAAUUGGUGGGAACUGGUGUUUAAUGGGGGACUUCAAUGCAGAAAAUGUCAAACAAUGGGGUUUAAACCGUUCACUCUCUGAUCACUGUCCAAUUGUGCUUAAAAAUCAAAUUUCAGAUUGGGGCCCGAAACCAUUUCGGUUCUUUGAUGCUUGGCUGGAAUUUCCUCAGUUUAAAGGUAUUGUCACUGAUACUUGGAAAUCUACAGUAGUAAAAGGAUGGAAUGGGUAUCGUCUGAAGGAAAAACUGAAGGAAACUAAAAAAGUGCUGAAAGAGUGGAGCAAGAAGAUGACAUCAGAGAUUGACUUGGGCAUUCAAAAGAGCAUUGACUCUAUUGCCUCUAUUGAUAAAAAAGGUGAGGAGAUGCCUCUGUCACUAGAAGAUAUUGAAGCCAGAAGGACAAACUUCCUGGAGCUAUGGAAAAAUCAAAGGAUGAAGGAAAGUAUGUGGCGCCAAAAAGCUAGAAAGACAUGGAUUAGUGAUGGGGAUGCCAAUACGAAAUUUUUUCAUAGAUGUGUGAAAGGAAGAAGAAGAAAGAAUGAUAUAUCAAGUAUCCUGGUGGGGAAUCAACGUCUUGAAGAAGUCAACAGCAUGAAAGAAGGUGUGGCUAAUUAUUUUGAGACAUUGUUUAAAGAAGAUGUGUGGCAACGACCAGUGUUAGAUGGGGUUGACUUUAAGAAGAUCUCAGAAGAGGAGAGGGAAAUGUUGGAAGCACCGUUUAGUGAGGAGGAAGUCAGACAAGCUGUGUGGAGUUGUGAGAGCACGAAAGCACCAGGACCCGAUGGUUUCAACUUCAAAUUUGUCAAGGAGAUGUGGGGAACUAUUAAGGAUGACGUAAUGGGAUAUGUAUCUGAUUUCCACAAGCAUGGCAAACUGGUUAGAGGGAUGAACUGCUCAUUCAUUGUAUUAAUCCCUAAAGUCAAUAGCCCUCAGAAAAUUGAAGAAUUCAGACCAAUCUCACUAGUUGGUGUCAUGUACAAACUGAUUGCGAAAUUGUUAGCACGUAGGUUGGCUUCUGUCUUGAAUGGGAUUAUUGGGGAGAAUCAGAUGGCUUUUAUCAGUGGAAGGCAAUUAGUGGACAGUGUGAUCAUCGCAAAUGAGAUUAUCGAUGAAGCCCAGAAAAGAAAGAAGAAAGGAUUUGUGUUCAAAGCUGACUUUGAAAAAGCUUAUGACAAAGUCUGCUGGGAAUUCCUGGAUUAUAUGAUGCUAAGAAUGGGGUUUGGUCAAAAAUGGAUAAACUGGAUUAAUGAAUGUUUGAAAACAGCAGAAGUCUCAGUGCUUCUUAAUGGCAGCACCACCAGGCAGUUUAAGAUGCAAAGAGGUCUCAGACAAGGUGAUCCUCUCUCUCCUUUCUUAUUUUUGAUUGUGGCUGAAGGUCUUAAUGGCAUCAUCUCAUCAGCUGCGUCAUUGGGGAUGGUUAAUGGGAUUGAUAUUGGGCAGUGUGGCAUGAAUAUAACCCAUCUCCAGUUUGCUGACGACACAAUUGUGUUUGGUAAUGCUUCUGAAGAAAAUAUUUGGGCUGUUAAAAGUAUCAUGAGGAUCUUUGAGAUGGUGUCAGGUCUUAAGAUUAAUUUUGGAAAAAGUAUGCUUAUGGGCAUCAAUGUUCCGGAAGAAUGGAUGACUAGGAUGUCUUGUAUUUUGAAUUGCAAACAGGGAUCCUUUCCAUGUAAAUACCUAGGCAUGCCGAUUGGGGGGAAGAGCAGAUGUAUUGCUAUGUGGAGACCUAUGAUUGAUUCCUUUAAGAAGAGACUGGCCAGCUGGAAAAACAGAUUUAUUUCUCUUGGUGGAAGGAUCACACUCCUUAACUCCGUGCUAUCUAGUCUCCCUGUGUUCAUGAUGUCUGUCCACUUGCUGCCUAAAGGUCUGAUUCUUAUUCUUGAUAAAAUUCGUAGGAAUUUUCUUUGGGGGGGUGGAGAGAAUAAUAGGAAGAUCAAUUGGGUUUGCUGGGAGAAGGUGUGUAGAAGUAAAUUGGAUGGUGGGUUAGGGGUGAAGGAUCUUAGAAAGUUUAAUUUAGCGUUGCUAGGCAAGUGGUGGAGUAGACUAGCGGAGGGAGAGGAAGGUCUUCUUUAUAAGGUUAUUCGUGAGAAAUAUGGUAGUAAUGGAGGUAAUUGGUUGAAUUGGAUCGAAGAGGGGAAACAGAAGGGGUCGUUAUGGUGGAGGGAUGUUUGUAGAUUAGAUUAUUCAUGCUCUAAUAGAGUUGGCUGGCUCUUAGAUGGCUUUAAACUAAAGUUGGGAGUGGGUAUCUCUGUCAAAUUUUGGGAGGAUGUUUGGAUUGGGGACGAGACACUAGCCAAUAAAUUUCCCAGACUCUUUUUGAACUCUUUAGGCAGGACAAAGAGCAUUUCUCAAAUGGGAUUCUGGAGCAAUGGAAGUUGGAAUUGGUCAUUAGAAUGGAGGAGACCUAUCUUAUCCUGGGAAGAACACUCGAUGGCGGAGCUGUGGAGGAUGCUGCAGAAUAUCCAUCCAAAUAUGGGACAAAAAGAUCGAUGGGAGUGGAGGAAUGACCAGGGUAUGUACUCAGCUAAAUCGGGUUAUCAAGUUCUCUCCAGCAUCCACCAUCAGAGUAGGAAUAACUUGCAUAAAAGAACUUGGUGCAGGUUAGUCCCCACAAAAAUUUGUGCCUUUGUUUGGAAAGUCCUUCAAGAUAGAAUACCCUCCAAGUGUGGUCCAAAUGCCUCCAAUGGUGGAGAACAUCUUCUGUUAGAGCAGAUAAGUGCUAUGCAUCCUUUGAACAACAAGCUGCCUACUUUAAAAAUGCAAACAUCAGGGCAGGAUGGGAUGCAGUCUGGUGUGCAACAAUCUGGUCUAUAUGGAGUGCUAGAAAUGAAAGGACUUUCAGAAACCAGGACCAAGAUGUCAAUAGGACCUUUGAGCUGGUGUAACUGCGAACAUUCCAAUGGAUCAAAAACAGAGUAGUAGGGUACUCUUUUAAUAUAUGUAACUGGAUGUU